AUGCCUGCACACUCGUUGGCGACAACAGAAGCUGGCCGAGGAUCUGCCGCCAAAACCCGUCAAACGACCCUCCAAGGUCAGGAGUCGUUCGCCGGCCUCCGGCAUCCCGUGCCACGCAGCUGUUUGAAGUACAGCAGCCAGGGUCUCGGCCAGAUUCUCCACCUCGGCGAAAAACGUACUAUACAUGCAGGAGUUCCGCUGAAAGUUGCUGACCUGGCUCAGCGAAGCAUGUGCGAGUACACCUCCAACUUCCGCGAAGUGCCCCUGCUUGGCGCCAGCAUCGACCGUCAGUUGGCCGAGUCUUUCCGGGACGCGAACAGGUCCUCGCAGCGGCUUGCAGCCGUUCCAAGUGCUAAGAGCUCCUACACGGAGGCCUUUGGGCCAUUCACGCGCCAUGAGCAACGCCACGCACGCCAGCCGGCAUGCACGCCGGCAGCGGACAGAAGGGCGGAGGACUCUGUCGGCUUUGGUUCUACGAAGAGCUCAGAGACAAGUUCGCUUGCACACAGCAGUCACGGAAAGCUUCCGCUGGACUUGCUCGAGACCACAUCGCGCCCAGUGAUAAAGGAUCAUUUGGGAGCUUCAGCGCAGGGCACGAAGUCUGCAUUCAGGACUACAUACCAGUCCCACUUCAAGCCACAAACUGCGCCAGCAAGCUAUUGCAGACCGCUGCUCACAUCGCAGGUCAAGUUCUCCUGGGCCGAGAAGAGCGGCUCAGGAAGCAUCUCAGACGUGUGCAUCAUCGUGCUCCUGGCAUUGCGGCAGCGAAACCUCGACUUGCUGGAGAACAGGGCGAAGGCGGUUUCUGACCCGGGAAACAGGGAAUACGGUCGGUACCUGGAGCGGGAUGAAAUCUACGGCAUAGCUGGACCUUGGAAAUAUGAUGUGGACCUUGUUAAGAACUUCUUCGGCAAAGUCCCAGACAGCUCUCUGCAGUUCUCCUAUGGUGGAGACUUUGCGCGGUUCACAUGCACGAUAGCCUGUAUUGAGCAGGUAUUCAACACCAGCCUGAGAAUACAGACUGGCAGGGUGGCACCCGGUACUACACCCAUCCGAGCGUCUGAGCCAAUCCGCUUGCCACUAGAUUUGCAGCGUGCGCUGGAAGGCACAUCGCUCAAUGCGCCCCUGUUUAUGCCGCCGCAUCCCGCGCAACCGAAGGAGACUGCCUUUAAGUACCCGCAGUCAGGCCGCACAGCACCAAGGGUGCGUCCCUUUCUAAUCUCUGGUGACCAGUUCGUUAGCAUCCAUUUCGUGGCGUAUUGCAAAGAUCAGUUUGUUAAUCAGGACAGUAUUGAGGAUGGGAUUUGCAACAGCAGCCCGCACUCAGUUCUAAUCACGGCUUUCGACAUCAUUGUCCUGCAGCUGCAAACCAACACGCAAAAGGUGGUGCGACUCCCUGCAGUUCCGGAUGUCAUUGGCCAGAAGGUGGGAACUACAGAGGAUGGACAGCAUUGUGUGGAGUUCAACGCUACUCUCGGAAGCGUGGCCAACUAUGCGAGUACCACAGUAAGGAUUCGCUCUUUGUUCAGUGAUGGCUCGGUUUCGGAUUUCAGUAAGGCGGACGAGGUCUUUCCCGUCUGGCCCAUGGCCUACACGACACCUGCCCUGCUGUCCCGGAACUAUGGGAUUCCCAUGCAUGAACCUGUUCGGCAUCCGCGAAACACUAUUUCCGUUGCCGAGUUCCUCGGACAGUACUACAACCCCGAAGACCUGGAGUCGUUCUUCAAGCUAAUGGGUGUGCGUGGCUGGAGCACGAAGGAGAAGCUCCGUCUCAUUGGCGAAAACUUGCCGAUGGCAGGUUCUGUUCUGGGAGGAGAGGCGCAGCUUGAUAUUCAGUAUAUAACUGCCUUGGCUUCGAACGUGUCAGCAUUCUUCUGGAGCGUUCCAUCCAUCGAACUCGCCACGAGACAGGAGCCGUUUCUGGACUGGCUCAUGCAGCUGGAGGACACUAGCGAUGACCAUAUCCCCCUAGUUCACUCUGUGUCAUACAGUGACGAUGCGCUGACUAUGCCCGCCUGGUUCAAGCAACGUAUCAAUGCAGAGUUCAUGAAGCUGGCCUUGCGGGGGAUCACGAUUCUUGUGGCAAGUGGUGAUGACGGUGUCAGUGGGAGCUUCGUAGCCAAGUAUGGCAAGAAGUACUGCGGCAGGAACCGCGAAGAAUUCCCCUCAUCAUCUCCAUGGGUUACUUCCGUUGGUGGUACACAGCUUGCUCAAGAAAACGUGCCGGUCUGUAGCUACACAUCAUCGAAGGUAAUGGUGCAAUGCCCCGAGGAUGGUGAGGUGGUCUGCACAUCGGACAAGGGUGGAGGCAUUACAUCUGGAGGAGGCUUCUCUUCGGAUUUCCAGCGUCCCUGGUAUCAGCAAGGAGCAGUGGAGCACUACCUCCAGCAGCAGGAUGUUCCACCUCCAGACCAAGACGUUUUGAUUUUCAACCGCUCUGGCCGUGCUUAUCCUGAUUUGGCAGCCAUCUCCAGCAACUACUUAGUCCUUAUGGGCGACGAUCUGCAGCCAACUUCCGGCACUUCAGCCUCGACUCCUCUCAUUGCCGCCAUGGUCGCACGCUGGAACGAAGACCGUCUGAGCAACAGGCUGCCGCCUUUGGGAUUUCUCAAUCCCCUUAUCUACCAGAUCUUCUCCAAGCAUCCAAGCGCUUUCAACGACGUGCAGAUAGGUGACAAUCGCUGCUCAAGAUCCGUCUGCUGCGACGUUGGCUUCAACGCCGUUCGAGGUUGGGACGCCGUCAGUGGAGUGGGAACGCCACGCUUCGAAGCCAUUGCAACGAUCCUCCGGGAGGAAGCGCUUCUGGCCUUCGGCGGCAGGUUCGCUCGAAUGGAAAUGGCUCCGAUCGCUCUGUCCGAGGGCCUGGGCUCCUCUGUCGCAGGUCCAGACGUGACCUCAAUCGGCUUGAUCCCUUUGCUGGCAUUGCAGUCUCUGCUGACUGGAUUCGCCACGUUGGCAGCUGUUUGGGUAUGUGGCCAUUCGGGAAGGACAAACUUUGGCAGCACGAAUGCAAGACGUCCACUGCUGAGUGCAGCGUGA